UCUUCUUUUUGUCCAAGAGAGAGAGGGGGGAGGACAGAGAAGCUUUCUCUUCUCUGCAAGCCUUAAUCGCCGAGAUUCGACUCCUCAGACUUUGCUCUGCAAGUCAAAACAAAGAAAAGAAGAGAGAAGAAGAAGGAAGAAACCCAGAAACCAGAACAUACUUGUAGAGAGAGAAAGUCACAACCCAGUCUCAGAAAGAGAAAAAGACCUCGUCUUCGACCAUUUUGAGCCGAAACAAACAUGGGUAUCUCGGCAUUUCUCUUCUCUCUCCUCCUAAUGUUCACACUCUCUCGCCCACUACCUGUUCGUGGAAAUGCCGAGGUCAGAGCUCUCAUGGACAUGAAGGCCAGUCUCGACCCAGACAACACUUUUCUGAGCUCGUGGACAGUCUCAGGCCGUCCCUGUGACGGCUCAUUCGAAGGCGUUGCGUGCAAUGAAAAGGGUCAGGUGGCCAACAUUUCGUUGCAGGGCAAAGGUCUCUUCGGCAAGCUCUCGCCGGCUGUCGCUGGGCUCAAGCACUUGACGGGUUUGUACCUGCAUUACAACUCUUUGUAUGGAGAGAUACCCAAACAAGUUUCGAACUUGACUAAGCUGAGCGAUCUGUAUCUCAAUGUUAAUAAUCUUUCUGGGAACAUGCCUACUGAACUUGGAAACAUGGCUAGUUUACAAGUUUUGCAGUUUUCUUAUAACCAGUUCACGGGAAGCAUUCCUACACAGCUGGGAUCCCUGAAGAAGCUCAGUGUUCUAGCUCUGCAAUCUAAUCAACUAACUGGUGCGAUCCCUGCAAGCUUAGGGGAUUUAGGAUCGUUAAUGAGGCUAGAUGUGAGUUUUAAUUGCCUCUUUGGUUCAAUUCCUGCAAAACUUGCAAAUGCUCCCAUGCUGGAAGUUCUAGAUGUCCGAAACAAUACUCUCUCUGGCAAUGUACCUCCAGCUCUGAAGAGAUUAGUUGGCGGAUUCCAAUAUGAAAAUAACCCAGGAUUAUGUGGAGUAGGGUUUUUAGCUUUGAGAAAUUGCAGUGCCUCGGAUCGUCUGAAUCCAAGCAGACCUGAACCUUUUGAAGGUGGCACAACUGGUCUCUCGACAAAAAACAUUCCGGAGACCGCAAAUUUAAAUUUUAAUUGCAGCCAAAUUCGAUGCUCACAUACAUCUAAAGCCCCACAAGCUUCCGUUGUUGUUGGAGUAAUUGUGGUCACUCUUGCGUUGUCAGCUAUAGGAUUUCUGACAUUUAUGCAAUAUCGUCGCCGAAAGCAGAAACUUGGGAGCUCAUUUGAUAUAUGUGAGGGCCAGCUUAGUACUGACCAGGCCAAGGAGAUUUCUAGGAGGAAUGGCUCUCCACUCAUCAGCCUUGAGUACUCCAAAGGGUGGGGACCUUUGGCUGAUGGUCGGAGUUUUGGUGGGUUCCCACAAGAGGUUUUGCAGGACUUUAGGUUUAAUUUGGAAGAGGUAGAGUCAGCUACUCAGUACUUCGCACAAAAGAAUUUGUUGGGCAAGGGCAACUUUUCAGCCAUCUACAAAGGAAUUUUAAGAGAUGGAUCUAUCGUUGCAAUAAAGAGCAUCACUAAAACAAGCUGCAAGACAGAGGAAACUGAGUUCUUGAAAGGACUGAACAUUCUAACCUCGUUGAGACAUGACAAUUUAGUUAGGUUGAGAGGAUUUUGUUGUUCAAGAGACCGUGGUGAGUGUUUUCUCGUUUAUGAAUUUGUUCCAAAUGGAAGUUUGUUGUGCUAUCUCGAUGUGAAAGAGGGGAACGGUCAGGUCCUUGAAUGGUCCACCAGAGUUUCUAUCAUCAAUGGCAUUGCCAAAGGUAUAGAAUAUUUGCAUGGGUGCAAAGUUAACAAACCUGCUCUAGUUCACCAAAACAUAUCGGCUGAGAAGGUGCUCAUCGAUCAGCGAUUUAAACCUUUGAUCUCCGAUUCUGGCCUGCACAAGCUUCUUACUGAUGACAUUGUCUUCUCAACACUCAAGGCCAGUGCUGCCAUGGGAUAUCUAGCUCCUGAAUAUGCCACUACAGGCCGGUUCACAGAGAAGAGUGACGUUUAUGCUUUCGGUGUACUUAUUCUUCAGAUCCUCUCCGGGAAGCGAAAACUCACUGGUUUGAUAAGAGCUGCUGCUGAAUCAUGCAAUUAUCACGAUUUUAUUGAUACGAAUCUCCAUAGCAGGUUCUCUGAAUAUGAAGCUGCAAAGCUUGCCAAAAUUGCUUUGAUGUGCACCCAUGAAUCACCCGAGCAGAGGCCAUCCUUGGAAUCAGUAAUUCAAGAACUGGGUAACUGUACUAACUCUAUCUGAUUUCCAUGAAUUUAUUUCUCCAGCCAUUGGGUGAGAAAUUUCAAAAGAGUAGUUAUUUAUUGUUUGUUUUUCUUUUUCACCAAAGUUCAAAAGGGUAGUGAAGAAACUUCUAGGGCUUAAUUUUGUUGUCUGCUGUGUCCUUUUGCUGAGGACUAUAUUGCCCGAUGUUAUCAAGCUCUUUGCCUUCUGUAGCUUAGGGAUGGACAUUUUAUGGGGGAUUUUCACUACUUGUAUCAAUUGAAUAUUUGCUCUGUAAAGAGGUGGAAUUUCCUCCAUCAACAAAUCCAUUCACUUCCAAAAUUUUAUUUAA